AGUUCUAAUUGAAUAAUAAUCAAUACAUGCGGUUAAUUUGAUCUGAUUCCAAUUUAAUCCAAUAAUUUGGGCGAUCAGUUCUGCGCCAUACAAGGACUCACUAGCACCUUAUCUAUCUUUUGUUACACUCUAUUAAUUGUUGCAGAAGGGUCCUCAAAUUUCUCCUAUUUCCACUUAUAAAUAAGGGGCUUGUUACAUCAGCACCCACCACACGAUCCUCCGUUCUCUUUCAAUACACAUACGCUGCAGUGGAUAUGAGUGCAUAAUGCCUGUCAUAUAUUAUUAUGAAAUGUAAUAAUUGUAUUUGUUUUGAGGGAUCUGAGUAGCGUUAUCAGCCUGAGUAAUGUUAUCGUGUAAUACUCCCGCCUGUACCUGCAACAAACCUCUGACAAUUGUCGGUGUCCUGCUAGUCCCGGCCAGACCCUCUCUCUCUUUCUGGGUCUCUCUGUGACCGGGUAUACCCUGAGCGGCGGAGCUGCCUUCAGGUUCGCUGCCCUAAAUCCUAAUCGCAUUAGAGGGAGAAGGGAGUGAAGCCGUGCGCUCCUCAGUCGCAGAUAAGCUCGUUUGAGUUUUAUACUUUCAGUCGAUAUUGUUUUCAAUGUUUUUUGGACUGCUAAACAUGUACUGCACAUUUUUGAAAAGUAGUCCUCUUUUGUCAGCUCUUGAGAUUAUGGUUUUGAAGGAUUUUGCCUGAAAGAUUGUCAGUUUGAAAUGUUCAGUUCUAGAUUCGUGAUACUUUGAUAAGUAAAUGAAGAACGUGCCCGUAACAUUUGUGAUAUGUUGUUCUUAUUGGUCAUCUUCCGUUGCGUCUCAACUAAGAACACAAGCCACAACAUGUUUCACCAAGUUUAGUUUGAAGCAAAUCUUGACCGUUCAUAGUUUUGUUCUUCGCCCCCAUUCCAAUUAUAAAAUCAUCGUUCCUCUAGAAAUAUUUGAGUUGACCAGUUUGCCAGUUAUGUUGUGAACCAGGACAUGGUCAUCCUCCAUGACAUAUAGUUCAAUAUAAUGUUAUACGUUCAAAGUCUAUAGUUUAACCAUCGUAACCCUUUAGUAAAACAGAGUUUUAACGGUCUCUAAAGAUCGGUUUAAUAUGGUGUCCUACUGUGCCGGCUGCAAUGGGAAAAUUCACGACAAAUUCUUAAUGAAGGUUCUUGACAAAACCUGGCACAGCGAUUGUCUGGUUUGUGUUGACUGUGGCGCAGUUUUAGCUGACCAGUGUUUCACCCGCAACGGCAAGUUCUACUGCAACAAAGACUUUGAAAAGAGCCAGGCAAGUUCGUGCGGAUCCUGUAAGAAAGAUAUUACCCCAGACGAUAUGAUUCUCAAACCUCCCAACACAAUCGGGAUGUUCCACGUCAAAUGUUUUACCUGCUCCAAGUGCUGCAGACAGCUUGAGGCGGGGGAGGAGUUUUAUACCAUCGACAACAAGAAGUUCUUGUGUAGCAGAGAUUUCAAGAACCAGCGAUCCGAGGCUGUCAGACCAGAUAACGAGGUUCACAGCACGACGAGCGACAUAAAACCGACGGUGAGCGGCGGCGCCCUUCCGACGGCCCUGUCGGAACCGUACCCCACCCCUCCUGCCUCCUGGGCCUCACCUCCCUCUGUCUCCCCCGCUCACCUCUCCCCUAACACCCACUCUCCUCCUCACGGCAUGGUCAGCACUACUGUGCAGGACCAGUCUCCCGGCAGCGACAUGAUACAGGAGCCGAUAACCGAGUGUGAAGUUUCUGGUAAAGUUAAAGUAGAGGGAGGAAUGUCAGAGCCCUGCUCAGAAGAUCAAGGAGUAAACAGUCCUGAAACAUCCAACUCACAGGUCAGCACAACGACGGGUAAAAGACGAGGUCCCCGAACGACAAUAAAAUCAAAACAGUUGGACAUCCUAAAAGCAGCCUUCAAAUCAAACCAGAAGCCCACACGGAACAUCAGAGAGCAGCUGGCCACGGAGACCGGUCUCAAUAUGAGGGUCAUCCAAGUGUGGUUCCAGAAUCGUCGUAGUAAGGAAAGACGAAUGACUCAGAUGAAACUAGCCAACAGGGGAAGAUAUGGAAAUCCUCUCACCAGAGACGACGAAUUUAGUUUUCAAGAUCACUAUUUCCGGAACCCAGCAGAGUGCUACUACGGUGACCUCCACCACCACCACCACCCUGACCCCACCUCCUACAUGCAGUGUCUACCUCUCCCCGGGAUGGACCAGCCUCCCCGCUCACUCGAUCACCACGACCCUUGGGCCAGGGUCUCCCACGCCUUCGACCCCACUCUCAACCCCCAACAUCACGCGGGGCUAAUGGCCGGUUAUCCAACCACCCCCGGGCUCAGUAGUUCUUGGCAAAGUGCCAUAUCUCCUGACUCAACCAACCAGAUUGCAUUUCAAACAUGAACUACAGUUGUGGUCGUGAACUCAUCACAUUGAACUAAGCCAACUUGCAAGUUUGUGGACAAUUGUAUUGUGUAAAAGAUGCUCAAAAGACGCUCGAAGGAUGCUUAGCUCAAAACAAAACUUGAACUCACAGAAAUUCAUGAGAAAAACUUGAUUAAUUUAUUAUUUUAUUUUAAGUCAACAACUGUUUAAAGAGGACAGAUCAGAAUUGAAAUUUUAACUUUAAUGACGAUUGUUUCAGUUAUAUUUCGUCAAACAUUUUAAUUAGAUUUUGGCUUUAAUGAAAAAUCAUUCUGGCACCUUCUCUCGCAAAUAUUGCAGAUUGUUUCUUAGUUGGCUAGAAAUGUUCGCUUUACUUAAUAUUUUGCUUUGCUGAUACAGUUCAAGCAGGACAAAAAGUAACGACACUUGAUCGAAUUAUGAAAUAUUGAGUGAAUAACAUCACUCAGUAUAUCUUAUACUGACAAUUUAACUGAAAACAAUAAAAUUAUCUUUUACCCAGUCAUCAAUCUUGGGGAAUACUUAACACAUUUUGUUGAUUUGAAUUAUAUUUUAACUGAUUUAUUUUAAUAUUAAUGUAAAUAUUCUUUGAUUAUGCGUUUGCUGACUGUUGGCAUUACCUUG